AUGAUAAAACGCCCGCUGUGCCAAAAAAAUCAUUACCGAGGGGACAAGAGAAUACGACGAGUCAAUACCUGUUUAAAGUUCAAUCAGAAUAUGGAUAAUUGUCUUGGUCUCAAGAUUUUCAACAUGUCCGAGACGCAGCACACCAGUCUCCCGGUCCGCUCUACCCAAGAACCAGAUCCCAGCAAGACCGACACGCAAGGUGCAAAACACGCAGCGGCCGCGUCCCCGCGGGCGACGACAACGUCCUGGACCCCAAACUUUGAGCGCCGGCAGAGCUGGAGCGCGCAGGACCGCAAGCACGAGCUGCAGAUGGCCGCCGUCGACGACGUCCGGACCGGUCCGGGCUUUACCGAGCGGUCUUCCUAG